UCUUACCUUGAAACCAGUUAUGUUUAGGAUCGGGACUGAAUGCGUGUCAGAGAAAGUUCAGCAGAAACACUCAGACAGCAUGAGAGGACAAAGCUGAGAGUGUUCAUUUUCUUUCGUGGUAGAGAAGUGGUGUCUUGUGAUGGCGUCCUACAACUUCCCUGGAAGCGCGGUCAUGAGUGACCUGCUCGCGAUCCGGGAGAAAGGUGUCCUGCUCAGCCUGCUGGAACCUCACUGUAAGCUGAUCAAAACUACAGUAGCACAGGUACUGCAGUCCAGAGAGGGUGAGUGUCCAGGCUGGAGUCGUCUCGACUGUGGCGUGGUGUGUCUCGUUGAGGAUGAAUCUGUGUCUUCCCACUUCCUGCGUCUCUACUGCAUUAAGCGUGCCAAGUUGUUGUGGGAGCAUGAAUUGUACAUUCCAUUCAGGUAUACUGCAAAGUGUGCAUUCUUUCACACUUUCCCUGCUGACGACCACUAUGUAGGCCUCAACUUUGCAAAUAAGAUCGAGGCAGAGGAAUUUCAACUUGCAGUGGAUGCUGUUCACGAAAAGAUGGCCUGCCUGAUUGAGGCAAACACAGAAACAGUGGACAGAUCAACCAGUGAUCCCUGUGAUUUAGAUGAACCAGAGGACGACUUGGAUGAGGAGAAACAUUUCGCCGUGGACUCACCGUCCGCCACCGUUUCACCAACUACUAGCUGUUUCAAGGAGCUGGACCCUGUUAUGAGGAAGCUGUUGAUUCAGGCAAGACUCACCGAGGAGGACCUGAAAAACAAAGACAUUGCAGAGGCUGUGGACUGCAUCAUCAACCGAUACGGAGGACUGCAUGCUGUGCAGAGAGAGCUCAGGAAAGCAGGACCAGUCUCUCAGACAUUGCCUAGAGCUGCCGGGAAGUCCUUCUAUAAGGCUCAGCCUUUGCCGCCUGUGCCCUCCAUCAAAGACAGAACCACCUUUGAGCAGACAACACAAGGCACAGUGGCACCAGACGAGAGAAAGGACAGCGCUUAUAUUGUUACUAGUCCCUCACCGGCUGUUACAGACAGGAUAACAAGGAGCACAAGUUUCAAACAAGUGGGCAUCCCAACGGCAAGAGAGAACGGCGACCUCAUCCUGGCUGCACUGAAAGAAGUAUUCAGAAAAAAACAGAUGCUCGAGCAAAGCACAUAUCAAGAGGAAAGUUAACCAGAUGUAGAUUCUUGACAAUGAUGUCUACCUUAAAGAAGAGAUGCUGGAAUACAACUGUACGUUUUAGGUUUGCAAAACACUACUGCUGAUGCUGUCUCUAAUUCUCAGACAAGGUCCUGAAGACCUGAUGAACCUGUCAUGAGGCCCCUCACGUAUCACUGCAUUAUGUUGUCUCCUAUCCCCUCCAAGUCCCACAGCGCACACUCCAGAAAGAUAAAUGGACUGUGUGUACUGCUACACAACACUACCCAGGUUCUCUGUCACUCUUUCACAAAACUGAAUUGAAAACAACUUUGUUUGUUCGGUUCAACUCAGUUUAACUUUAUUUAUCCAUACAAGAAGUGCAACUGCAUGCAGGAGCUUGCCGGCAAAUAUAUUGAUGAAAACUAUGUUGAUCAUGUUGAAAUAAGGAGUAUAAGGUGAAAAUACUCGGAACCAAUGAGCUACCACUAAACAACUGGUAGUGAAAAGGUGAAAUCCUGCUGCUUUGCCUUGAUGAUUUUGGGACAAUCUUAGAAAUACUGUUUAGGCUGUUUAUGUCCUUCACUGCUACACUGAGGAACCUUAGAAAUAAAAUAAAUAUUUGAU